AUGGGUGUAAAAGGUCUUAAUCAGUUAAUCAAGGAGCAUUCUCCAGAUGCUUACAAGGAAUUCACUCUCAAGAAUCUCUUUGGUAGAAAAGUUGCCAUCGACGCGUCGAUGUGCUUGUAUCAAUUCCUAAUUGCAGUAAGGCAAGCGGAUGGACAACAAUUGACCAACGAAGAUGGAGAGACCACUUCUCAUUUGCUGGGAAUGUUCUAUAGGACGAUCAGAAUGGUAGAAAAUGGAAUUAAACCCGUCUAUGUGUUCGACGGGAAGCCUCCAGUCUUGAAAGGUGGAGAGUUGGAGAAGAGAUUAUUGAGAAGAGAAGAAGCAGAGAGAGAGCAGGAAAAGAUCAAGGAAACUGGUACAGUAGAAGAAAUAAUGAAAUACGAGAAGAGACAGGUUCGAGUUUCUCGUGACCAGAAUGACGAAGCCAAGAAGUUGUUGGAACUCAUGGGUAUCCCCUUUGUCAACGCCCCAUGCGAAGCUGAAGCCCAGUGUGCUGCGUUAGCCCGUGAUGGGAAAGUAUUUGCAGCUGCGCUGGAAGAUAUGGACACUUUAUGCUACCAGCCUCCAUUUUUGUUGAGACACUUGACAUUUGCUGAAGCAAGAAAGAUGCCCAUCGAUCAAAUUGAAUACGGAAAGGUGAUGGAAGGAUUGGGAAUGUCACAGGAAACAUUUAUAGAUUUGUGUAUCUUAUUAGGCUGUGACUAUUGUGAAACUAUUAGAGGUGUUGGGCCCGUCACUGCGUAUAAGUUGAUGAAGGAACACGGAUCGUUGGAUGUUCUUGUAAAGUAUAUUGAAGACCAUCCCGACAAAAUGUCAAAAUAUAAGGUUCCCGAAAACUGGCCAUAUAAAGAAGCUAGAGAACUAUUCCAUAAUCCAGAAAUUGCCAAUUCCGAUGACAUUUCUUUGAAAUGGACCGAGCCAAAUGUUGAUGGUCUCAUCGAGUACAUGGUGAAGCAAAAGGGAUUCAGCGAGGAUAGAAUAAGAAGUGGUGCUGAAAAGUUGAAGAAGGGCUUAAAGGGAGGUGUUCAAGGAAGGUUAGACGGAUUUUUCCAGGUUGUAGGGACAAGUAGUAAGAAGAGAGCUGCCGAACCUAAGGGAGCAAAGGGAAAGAAACCGAAGAAGAAGUAG